CGUAUCUGCGCCAGUGCGCCGGCGAAAGUGUUACGAAAAAAUACGAGUUUGUUCAGUUGAAAAUGAAGAUUUAAUGUACUGUUUGCGUUUCUGUGGCCGGCUGUCAUUCAAAGAGGAUUUUGGUUGGCGCAUAUAAAAAUCCGAUUUAAAAUAAAAUUGCCACGCGGAUGGUUAAUUGAAAUAUUGUGACAAAAAUAUAAAAACCGAUUAAACAAAUAUUGCGCAGCUUUAAACAUACUGAUAUUUAAAGUGAUUGAAGAAAAGCAAAAAGUCUUUGUGACUUAACAAAAAAUACUACAAAGAGAAAAAGUUGAUUGGGAAAAAAUAUAUAAUACGUAAAUGUACGUGAAAAAGUGCAAUAAUAAAUAACAUUCAAAGUUUUGCAACAAAGUUGGCAACCCAUAACAACGUUCUGGCCGGGAGUGCUCGCAAAUUAGCAGCCACAUCAAUUUCAGCGCGGCGAGUCAAACUUAAUUAAAACGCGUGUUGUUGGCCAGACACAUUUUUCGGUGGCUGUCGAGACUUAAUUGAAAUUUAACCAAACGCUGGUGCCGGGAAACAAAUGCGUUGGCCCUCGUCCUGUCCUUCAGGCUGUUGUGCCGGGCCAAACUGCUGAUGUCCUUGCCGCACUGAUCGCCCACCGUAUUGCACAGGGCACUACCAUGCAACUGCAACAGCAACUGCUGCUGCUCGCGUUGAUGUUGCUGCUGCAGCAGCAGCAGCAACCAUUGCUGGUGAGCAGUCAGUACCAGCAGCAAUUAGCCGGGGUGUCCGAUGAUGGGAGGUCGAACAGCACCGCAUUAAGCGACAAUUUAAAUUCAGCGCUAUUACCUGGAAAAACUGUAAAAGCCACUGAGCGACAGAUGAGAGCUGCAGAUGAAGUGGCAGCCGCACCCGCACCCGCACCCACACCCACACUCGCGGCCAAGUUGCAAGUGACACCUGCCAACCAAAUACCUUCGAGCAGGACGCCCUCGGUGCUCCUUGAUGCUUCGGGAUCAGCAGCACAUUCUCCGGAAUCAUUGGCCACCGGAAACCAGUCGGUGAAACAAAGCGAACUCAAGAGGAUGGGGUAUGCUGCAACUCUAGACGCAAUCACAACAGCAACUGCAAUUCCAGCAUCAGCAGGUGUGUCAGCAACAGCAGCAGCAGCAGUGACUGCUGUAGAAGCAACUACAGCAGCAACAUCUCUGUCACCCGAGCAACACAAGCUGCUGCCACGUCCAACAGCUGGACAAAUAGCACGGGUAAAUGUACCAGCCACAAUAGAAAAACAGAUUGCACCAGCAGUGAUUUCGAGCCAAAUAAACAUGGCAAUAUUGCCGGCGAAAACUAAGCGCAUGGCGUCGCAAAUGGCCAACAGGAGUGCCGACGGAGGCGGAAUAGAAUUGAAUACGGAUGUCGCAAUAAGCCAUGACUAUGUAAAUGCCACAGAGGCGUGGCCAGCGGUGCCGACAACUGCCAAUAUAGCAUCGAUGGUAGCGAUGGCAGCCACAUCGACCAUAUCGCCGGCACCCACGCCCCGCCUACUGGGUUCAGGCAGCGUGGCCCAGAUCUUGGCCAAGUCCCUGGACAGUCCGCCCCCGUCCGCCACCUCGUCCUCCGGCUGGCCAGUUAAGCACGCCGCCGUGCUCGAGGGCGACGUCAUCCUGGGCGGCCUGAUGAUGGUCCACUCGCGCGAGGACAGCAUCACCUGCGGCCCCAUCAUGCCGCAGGGCGGCAUCCAGGCCCUGGAGGCGAUGCUCUACACCCUGGACCAGGUCAACAAGCACCAGUUGCUGCCGAACGUCACGCUGGGCGCCCAUCUGCUGGACGACUGCGACAAGGACACCUACGGCCUGGAAAUGGCCGUCGAUUUUAUCAAAGGAUCCAUCAGCAAUAUUGACGAUGCGGAAUAUCAUUGCAACAAGACGCAAGUGCGGAAGGUCAUUUCGGGGGUGGUCGGCGCCGCCUCCUCGGUCACAUCAAUACAAGUUGCCAAUUUACUGCGGCUAUUUCGAAUUCCCCAGGUAUCCUACUUCUCGACCAGCCCCGAGCUGAGCAACAAACAGCGGUUCGAGUACUUUUCCCGCACGAUUCCCUCGGAUCACUACCAGGUGAAGGCUAUGGUCGAGAUUGUCAUGCGGAUGGGUUGGAGCUACGUCUCCAUUAUCUACGAGGAAAGCAAUUACGGCAUCAAGGCUUUCGAAGAGCUGGAGGAGCUCCUGGCACGGCACAACAUUUGUAUUGCCAUCAAGGAGAAGCUGGUAAAGGAUUCGGGAGUGGCCGAGGACAUCGCGUACGAUAAUAUCGUGCAGAAGCUGUUGACGAAGCCGCGGGCCCGAGGGGCCAUUAUUUUUGGCUCGGACCAGGAGGUGCGGCAAGUGAUGAGGGCAGUGCGGCGGGCAAAUGCAACCGGUUCCUUUUCGUGGAUCGGAUCCGACGGCUGGAGUGCCCGAAAUUUGGUAUCAGACGACUACGAGCCGGAGGUGGAAGGCACGCUGUCUGUGCAGCCGCAGGCGAACCCAGUGCGCGGAUUCGAGGAGUACUUUCUCAGCCUGACGGUGGAAAACAACCAACGUAAUCCCUGGUUUGUGGAAUUCUGGGAAGAUCACUUCCAGUGUCGAUAUCCCGGCAGUACCAGCACUCCAUACAAUAACUACACCAAACAGUGCACCAAAAAGGAGCGGCUUUCAAGGCAAAACACCGACUUCGAGGAUCAAUUGCAGUUUGUCAGCGAUGCGGUCAUGGCAUUUGCCUAUGCCCUGAGGGACAUGCACCGGGACUUGUGCGGCGGAGGGCCUUCGCUCUGCGAUGCCAUGAAGCCGACGAAGGGCGCUGAUUUGCUCAAAUAUUUGCGUAAAGUGGAGUUCGAGGGCCUCAGCGGCGAUGAGUUCCGCUUCGACGGGAACGGUGACGGUCCGGCCCGCUACAACAUCAUCCACUUUAAGCAGUCGCAGGCGGGCCAGUACCACUGGGUAAAGGUGGGCGAGUACACGGAGGGCGAGCUGCGGCUCAAUAUGUCGGAGGUGAAGUUCAAGCGGCUGAGUCCCAAGCCGCCGGAGUCCGUCUGCAGCCUGCCCUGUCUGGUGGGCCAGGCCAAGAAGUACGUCGAGGGCGAGAGCUGCUGCUGGCACUGCUUCAAUUGCACAACCUAUCAAAUCCGCCACCCUGAUGACGAGACCCACUGCAAGCUCUGUAAGCUGGGCACCCUUCCCGACGCCCACAAGCAGUACUGCCGCCCCAUCCCGGAGAUAUAUCUCAAACCUGGCUCCGCCUGGGCCAUUGGCGCGAUGGCUUUCAGUGCGACCGGCAUCCUGGUAACGCUCUUUGUCAUGGGCGUAUUUGUCAGGCACAACGACACACCCAUAGUGCGCGCAUCGGGGCGGGAGCUGAGCUACAUCCUGCUGGCCGGAAUUUUUAUGUGCUACGGUGUCACCUUUGCACUCGUCCUGAAGCCCACCAACAUAGUGUGCGCCAUUCAGCGGUUCGGUGUGGGCUUCUGCUUCACGGUCGUCUAUGCUGCACUGUUGACCAAAACGAAUCGCAUCGCACGGAUCUUUAAAGCGGGCAAACAGUCCGCCAAGCGGCCCUCCUUCAUAAGUCCCAAGUCCCAGUUGGUAAUCUGUGCUUGCUUCGUUAGUGUGCAGAUACUCAUCAACGGCGUUUGGAUGGUAAUUGCACCAUCACAUGCCAUGCAUCAUUAUCCCACACGCGAGGAUAAUUUACUCGUCUGUGACUCCUACAUCGACGCCUCCUACAUGAUUGCGUUCUCGUAUCCAAUCUUCCUGAUUGUUAUUUGCACAGUCUACGCGGUGCUCACACGAAAGAUUCCGGAGGCUUUCAACGAGUCGAAGCAUAUUGGCUUCACCAUGUACACUACCUGCGUGAUUUGGCUGGCGUUUGUGCCGCUCUACUUCGGUACCGCCAACCACGUACCGUUGCGCAUCACCAGUAUGUCCGUGACCAUCAGUUUGUCCGCCAGCGUGACCAUCGCAUGUCUCUUUUCGCCCAAGCUGUACAUAAUACUCAUACGCCCCGAGCGCAACGUGCGCCAGAGCAUGAUGCCGCCGCGGUAUAGCAACAUGCACCGCACCGCCGGAACAGGACCCUCCUCCAUGAUGGCCGCCGCCGUGGUGACCGCCGCCACCUGUGCCCAGGAGGAGAAGAUCCAGAAGCAUAUCACGCCCACGAACACAGAAAACUCUCUAAAGACGAAGAAAUUGUGCGAGAUGGCCACUCAGACGAUAUCCAGCAUAAUCACGUCGCUGGACAUCAAUGCGUACAAUCAAAUACCAUAUGCCGAUCAAUAUGUGCCAAACAAUGCCACAACGGCCACGACCACGCCCACCGAUAAGGGUAGUGGCAACGGCAAUAGCAACAGCAAUGGGAGUAGCAACAGCAACAGCAAUAGCAAUAGCAACAGCAAUGGCAACAGCAAUACCAAUGGCAAUGGCGAUGGCGAUGAGGUAGCAGAGCAAGUGGUGGCCAACAAUAAUAAAAUCAAUCAGAGGCAACAUGGCCAGCCGGUGGUGGCAUUCGCCAUCACAACGGCUAACAAUCACAUAAGCGGCCCAGCAGCGAUCAUAACAACAACAGUGGCAACUGGCGAAACGACAACAGAGGCUCUGGCGGCAACAAUAACAACUCCAUUGGCGGGGGGCAGUGUCACUGAGUUGGAAACCGCAUCCGUGCCGGCCAACAAUGGCCAUGGCAAUGGAAGCCAACGUCCGCCGGUUUUGCAAACAAACUUAUAGCUAAACGCACAGCAAUUGCAGCAGCAGCUGCUGAAGGAGCAGCAGCGACAGCAAGCGGAGUUGCAUCAGCAACAUCAGCAGCAGCAGCAGCAGCAACCUGCAACACAGAGCUCUUCCAGCGAUACCGGCAGCACGGGCAGCAGUAGUGCGGCAAAGAAGCGAGCUGCCAUUCCCGUUUAGGCUGCCAUCAGAGAUUAGAGAUUCCUUGCAACAAUACGUAAGUUGAGUGUCUGUGCAAAGGAGCCAACGAAGGCCGACUCUUUUAAGUGCCUGCCAGGAAGAGACUUUAUUACUGGCAGCCGUGCCACAUAAAUAUUUUUAGUAGCCUCUCGUAAGAUUACAGAACACCAUUUAAAUGGACAUUUUUUAGCCACUUUAUUUCAACUAAAAACUAGCAAAAAAACAUUAGUUUAAUUUGCUUAAGUCAUUUGGUUUAAUAAUUCAAUUUUUAAUUUGAGCGCUUUAACCCAAUUAUUUAUUUCAUUAUUUACUAAGAUGUCAAAAAAUAAUAUACCCUAUUUACUAAAAAAAAACCUUUACUUGAUCAAAUUUAAUUUACAUAUUUUAGCUUAUGAAUUCUAUUUCUGUAUCAUAAGGUGUCCAAAAAAUUUUGCUUUGUUUAUUUAUGCGAAUUAUUUUUUUAUAGUUUGCCAGCAACAAGUUGUAGCUAUGAAAGCUAGUCGGUAAUGAUAAAUGGAGGUCCGAUUUGAGCAGAACCGGAAAAUAUUUGUGUGGCACCUAAGAGUAUAUCCAGAUUCUAACAGACACACUUGAGGCCAGAGUGAACUGACUAAGCAAUGUCCCAAACAAAAGUCCGCUUUUUGAAAAUCUUUCACAAAAUCUUCCCAAUAACCAAUGUGUUUUUCGCAUUUUCAACGUCAGCGUAAAACCAAAAGAUAUACAUUUAACGAUAACUUGUCAUUCUUAAACUAUUAUUAAGCGUUUACCUCUUAAGCUUAUCUAGUUUUCUAAGCGUUGUUUCAAGGCGUUCCGAAAGAAACCAAAAAAGUGAAAAUGUGAUAUAAUUUCAAAAAUGUGUUUUCUACAAACGAAGUAAACUUACAUACUAUUUGAAUAGAACAUGUUAUUCAUAGGCUAAUUAAGGCAAGCACUGUACAGUCAGCACUGGGUAACAAGGGGUUUAUUUUCCAGGGCGCAAAUAUGUUCCAAAAGGGCUGGAAUCCAGCCCCUUUGCAAUGUAGCAGCUAGGUAGAACAAUUACAAUUGCAUUUAUUGUGUUGUUUGAGCCCAUCAACAUGGUAGAUUUAAUUGUUGUCCAACCAAGAUGUACAUAAAUUAGUAAAAUUACGAACAAACUUCUAAUUGUAGUUCAACCUUGAUGUGAAUACAGAUUAAUGUUAAUUGUGUGCAGCUUUCACCUUGAAAUGAGCUAUCUCUUAAAAUGCAUAGUUAAAUGUUUGUUAUAGAACGCAAGUAAUGCAAAUCGUGUCUAGCCAAAUCAUGGGGUACAAAAUAGCGAAAUAUAUUUGUUUUCCGUGUCUGUGUGUUCA